CCUGACGCUCUCCUUCCUUAUUCCAGUGACCUCAGGCCGUCGCUACACGGAUACAUGCUGGUUAGCAUUAGCCGUUUGAGUCACACUUUAUUAAAGACACAUAUCCUUUGCUAAACUGACUGCGCUAUUUAGCCAGCGGGUUGUUGUGCAUACGGGCAAAACAAGGAAGACACAGCGGCAAAGAGAGGGUGCAAUGGCCGGAAUCGAGGAGCUUUCCCCUGCUGCAGGCCCGGUGUCUACCCGGCCCCCCGAGGACGAGAUUGACGACGACGACGACGAUGAUGAUGUUGAUGAGACCAUGAUGGAAAGGUUGUGGGGUCUGACAGAGAUGUUUCCUGACACAGUUCGUUCAGCUGCUGAGCUUUCUGCACAAUGCUCUGUCUCAAUGGCCAAGAAGUUUUACAGUUUUUCCCGCUCAGCCCUGUGGGUGGGAACCACCUCUUUUAUGAUCCUGGUGUUGCCCGUGGUGUUUGAGACGGAGCGGCUACAGCUGGAGCAGCAACAGUUACAACAGCAGAGACAGAUCCUGUUGGGACCCAACACCGGAAUGUCUGGUGGGAUGCCUGGAAUGAUGGCAUCGGCCCCUGGCAAGAUGUGAAGAGCAGACGAGACUCACUUAAACCGAAGAUCUGCUGCUACGACAACGCCAUGUCGGGCCACGAGGGGAGAGGGAGAGACUGUGGAGGAACGCAAAAGAACUACUGUAACAACAAACAUAAGAGGCCAAAGCUCCACACCAGUCAUGCAACCUUUAGGUCAUUCUCAUCGCUCUAAGGUUGGCAAAUUGAACGCAGAGAAAGUAUUUAGUUGUGACUGUCACUCUUGACUCCCAACGUCAUGCAGAGACUGAUUUUCAGGAGCACUGCUUCAAUUUUUGUUGUUUCAAUUAUUGUGUGUAGGGGAAAGCAGGACAAGGUGAAUAUUUUGAGUGGAAAAAAAAAAUGUCUGGAAUGUGUUAAAUCUGUUGUGACUGCUACGUGGAGUUUUACAGUCACUGAUUCAUAGGACCCAAAUAAACACGUCUCGGAAGCUUCUGCAAGAUUUUUGAGGCUCCUCAA